AUGACAAGCGUGGGGGAAGAACAUCGUUUCCGAUACCAAAGCGCCAAGGAAGAAGAAUUGGAGCAUGAAAUCAUAUACCCAGAAGAAGAGGAGAGAGUAUUAACCUAUCGUCACCUGCUAAGCACGACAUAUGAGCCCACGUACGUCGGUAGUGGAAUAACACCCAGCAACCCAUUUCGUGUCAUUGCGCAUUGUGAUGUAGAUGCAGCUUAUGCGCAGUUUGAGGCUGCUAGGGUUGGGAUCGACUGCUCGAAGAGACCCAUUGCCGUAUUGCAGUGGCACAGCUUAAUCGCGGUGAAUUAUCCCGCUAGAGAAUACGGAGUGAAUCGUUUCAAUUGCACAUUAGAAGAAGCCAAAAAGCGAUGUCCCGACUUGGUACUUAUUCAUGUCGCUACUUAUGGGCCUGGUGAUACCACGCCAAAGUAUCACGCGAACCCCACAGCAAAGACUCACAAAAUUUCGUUGGAUUUGUACCGAAGAGAAUCUAAAAAGAUCAUGGAUAUUUUUCAAAGGAAACUGACACUGGAAAGUGCCACGGGGGAAUACGCGGGCUAUGAUUUGCAGCCACGAGUAGCAGAUGGAUGGAUGCCCAAAGUCUUGGAGAUGCUGGGGCGACGCGACGACGACAUUGUGUGCGAGAAAGCAUCCAUUGAUGAAUCGUUUUUUGACCUCUCUCUCUAUGUACGCAAGCAGAUAUUGAUGCGAUUUCCGUAUCUCGAUAUUCGAGACGAGCUGCAGAGCAUGAAUUCUGCAGCAAAAGCAGAACGACUGGAUACACCACUACCAGAGGUACCCCUACAAGUGCAAGAAGAAAUGACAAAGGAGUCGUGGGAAGCUCUGGGGCUUUGGUUGCCCUCGGAUGGAAAUGAAAAGAGGGUAAGGCAGUGUACCUGGGUUGACUUGGCGCAUGCCAUCGCGGCAGAGCGAAUGAUAUCCGUACGGAAGCAUAUUGUGGAUGCUCUUGGCUAUACCACAUCGGCGGGAAUUGCCAGGAACAAAGCUUUGGCCAAGUUGUGUUCGUCAUUUCGAAAACCGUGCAGUCAGACCUUACUACUGCCUCAUAUGAUCCCUAAGUUUCUAGCACCACUGCCCUACCGAAAAAUUCGCUUCUUAGGCGGGAAAUUCGGCGCGGAAAUUGAAGGAAUGUGGAACUAUUCCACGAUUGGGCAGCUAUGGCAGGUGUCUCUCUCAGAAAUGCAGGCCAAAUGGGGCGAGGAAGGUACAUGGCUGUACCAACUAGUGCGUGGCAUCGACACGUCUGAGGUCAAUCAAAGGACAGCCAACCAUUCCAUGAUGUCAGCCAAGAAUUUCCGGCCCGGUAUCUCUACGUCGAAGGAGGCCUUGCCUUGGUUGUCUGUGAUGGCAUCGGAGUUGUCCGUUCGUUUGCAGGAAGAAAGAGAGGUGGAGCCCAUGCUGGCGCCCCGUGCAUUGGUGCUUCGCUAUUUAUUAGCGGGAAGUUCAGGUAUGAAGAGUCAUCAGACCUCCUUUGGAUAUAUUGCAAACGAUCAACUUGCCACUGAAAUCCACAAGCGCGCUAUAAAGCUAUGGGAUGAUACAUUGGGCCGAGCCCUUCGACAGCCUGGACAUGAGAUAUUGGAGAUACGUGUCCUUUCGCUCUCCUUUGCGGGGAUUGAGCGUGGGGCGCGAGACCAACAACCACUGCAUGUGUACUUCAAACAGGAUCGUCCAAAGAAACGUGCUAGAGACACGGACUUGAAUGAAACAACACAAAUACGCAAGCAGCCAAAAGCAGAAGAGCCUGACAUCUGCAUUGUGAAUGACCCCACAUCGCAAACCGACAUGGCCAAGUGGUCAUGUCCGAAAUGUGAUCAUAUACUACAAGUGCCUAUUUUUGAAGACGAAAAAGUCUCAGGUUCUGACACAUCUACCUAUCGUCAGAUCCUGGAACGUCUGCGUGAAGAACACGUGCAUUGGCAUAUGGCGCUGGAUUUUGCUGCUACAUAG